AUGUCUUCCGCAGCUGUUACCAUGGCUAGCGCUGGAUUGCUGCAGACAAGCCUCAUUUGGGUAGCAUACGCUGUCGCCGUCGUUUUGGCUCUCUUUGUCGGAGCUUUAGUGACAUUCACCUGGCAAGAUCACCGCGAGCGUUCCGUCAUCGUCAGCGCUGUUACUAUCAUCAGUCUCACCGCGCUUCUCGCUACCGUUCUUCUCCUACCCGUCGACAUUGCACUCGUCUCCUCUACUACCGAUACAGCCCUUGGACUCAAGAAGGACUGGGCGACCUCGAAUCGCAUCCACAACAUUUUACAUACACUUAAGAUCGUCUACUACAGUCUGUACAGCUUUGAUGCGCUGCUAUGCUUGAUUGUCAUUCCUUUCUCGUACUUCUGGUACGAGGAGUACGACGAGGUUGAGGAGCAAGAGGGCAACCAAACGUUCAGCAGCCGGCUUUGGGGCGCUUUCAAGUACACCAUUGCCUUUAUCUUCCUCGUGGUCAUCAUCUUCCUGAUUGGCUUCUUUGUACCUGCUGCAGGCAGUCGCGAAGGGAAACACCUGGACUUGGACUUCUUCAAGCGUCUGCUAGAUGAGAACCAUGGAGAGAAGGCCUUGAGCUUUGGUAUUGGGCUAUUGAUCACACUUGGGACACUGCUUUAUGUCCUCUAUACAGGAGCUGGCCUGGCUCUUCUCCCUGCGUCAUUCAUCAGAUCCGCACCAUCCAUAUCGGCGCCACAGCUGUCCGAGAAUACUGCAUCCCAACUCGAGCAGAUCCGAGAGCGUCAAAGACAACUCGAGAUGCGAAGCGCGGGCCGUUCCGAGGGCAUGCCGCAAAAAGACAGACGAGAGCUCGAUGCCCUUGCCCGGGAAGAGCGUACACUUGUUCGACGCGAGCGUCUCGCCGCCGAGGCUCAAGGAGAAGGUCAGAGCUUCCUCGUCAGAACGUGGACCAAGGUCUGCGCCAUCUUCCGGCCCAUCAAGCUCAUUGGGGGUCUCGUCCUGAUAAUUGUAUCAUUAUUGGUAUGGGUGUCUAUGCUUAUCACUGGCAUUGACAAGGCCGCCAACUCGAUCUGCAAGUCGCACUGUGGAUAUAUCCUUGCGGGUGUCAAGGUUUUUCAGCCCAUCAACUGGAUCUUUGUACAGACCGCGCGUGCGUUCCCUGUCGACUACAUCCUCAUGGCUCUUCUGAUCCUGCUUUUCUUCAGCAGUUCCAUUUCAGGAUUAGCCUCCGUUGGUAUCCGGUUCCUUUGGCUCCGCAUUUUCCAGAUUCGCAAGGGCAGAACUGCACCUCAAGCGCUUCUGAUGGCUACAGUCCUGCUGGCAUUGAUCGUGCUAGGUAUCAACUAUGCUGUGGUCAUGCUCGUUGCGCCGCAGUACUCUGCCUUUGGCACGCAAACCUUCUGUGAUCUCCCGGCUCGCCACCCCGAUGAGCAGCCAAACUGCAAGGACAACCCGGAGGCUGUGAAGCCGUGCUCCGAGUACGUCGACAGACAUUUUGCAACACAGACUUGCACGCCGACCUUCAUGAGUCAAUUCAUCAACCGCAUCACUUUGAACUGGCCUGUAUUUGGUGCAAUCAAUUUUUGGGCCCAAUUUGCUUUCUUGGGCGUAUUCCUAAUUGUGUUCCUCUUGAGCUUGUUCCGGACACCGAAGCUAAACAUGAGCGAGUUCGAUGAGGAAGCCGAGGUAGACGAGGAGGAGGGCCUGCUUGCCUCUACAUCGAGGAGGUUCGGCGCGACUUGGCAGGACAUCAGAGGCAAAGUCGGGGGUGCAAACAAUGGCACCGGAGGCCAUGGAGAAGGCUCGCGCGAUUAA